AUGAAGCAGCUAAAGGAAGAACUGCAGAGUGAGUCAUUCUGGAGAGCUCUCACUGCCGAAUUCCUGGGUACUGCAGCCUUUGUAUUCUCCAGCGUGGGCUGUACUCUGCCCUGGGCUGGAAACAGCCCUAGCACUCUACAGAUAGCUUUGGGCUUUGGUCUAGGAGUGACCACUGUCUCUGUUUUCACACAGGGAGUGAGUGGGGGCCAGCUCAACCCUGCUGUCAGCUUUGCUUUGUUCCUCAGUCUGCGAAUUAGUCCAUUUCGGGCUGUACUGUACAUGGCUAUGCAAGUGCUGGGGGCAAUCACAGCGUGCGCCCUACUCUAUGCACUUACACCGCAAGAUAUCCGUGGAGAGCUGGGACUCAACAAGCCUUCCCCAGGAGUAACUCAGAUCCAGGCCCUGGGAGUAGAAAUCAUUGUCACCUUCCAGCUUGUCAUGUGUGUAUUGACCAUAUCACACCAGGAAAACAACUUUGAAGGGUCUGCACAUGUGGCCCUUGGAGCAUCUGUGACCCUUGGACAUUUAGUGGCAAUUGGAUUUACUGGGUGCAGCAUGAAUCCUGCCCGAUCCUUGGGGCCAGCUGUCAUUACAACAAACUUCAGCCAACAUUGGAUUUUUUGGGUGGGACCCAUGCUCGGUGGAGUCUUGGCUGUGAUCGUGUACAACUUAUUGUUGAGGGCAAAGAGGAUCAGGUGCAGAGACUGUCUGAAGUCACUGAGCACUGAGCACAAGGGGGAAUUCAACAUGGAAUCAAAAUCCUCAACAUAA